AUGCACACACACACACACACACACACACACAAAAUCUACACACACACUUUCGCGGCCCAACACCGCCAGCCCAUCGCCACGACCACCAGUCAGUCUCCGUCACCACCCGUACCCCCACAGCCGGUCAGUCGCUUGUCCGCCACUGCUCGUCCACCACCACCGGUCAACCUCCCACUACGCUGCACACAGAGCCUCCUAAGGCCAUCUCGACGCCAACUCUCAUCACCUCCCCCACCGUCGCACCUCCUGCCGGAGGCGGCGACCCUGAGCUCGCACCAAACAGCCGUCGUGUCCCUCCGCCACCGCCGCUACGCGUCUACACAGUCCCAGCCCGCCGCCGUCCACUCCCACCAGUCCUUCCGCCGCCGACGAUGCCGACGCGCCGCAGCACCUCACACGCCCCUCUGCCUGCCGCCGUUCACUUCCACCAGCCGAUUGCACCCACACGGCCGCGGCUGCCACCUC